AUGAAUUAUAUGCGGGAUAAUUACGCAAGUGCAAAAAAUGAAGUACCUAUCUUGAUAGAUUAUGGAUCCUCGACAAUCAAAGCAGUAAUGGCAUUGUUUUAUUGAAAGGGCUAUGCAACAUCAUAAGCUCCGGAUGUAGUGAUUCGCAGCUAUAUCAAUAAAUUUAAGGAUUCUAAUACACAAUCAAACCAAAUAGCAUAAUGGGAUACAGAUGUGUUUAAGAAUUACAGAUCUCCAUUUGAGAAGAAUCUCAUUUAGCAUUCUGGCGCAUUAGAAUAAUUAAAUGAUUUUGUAUUUGAAAGAUUAUAGGCUGGAAGACAUGGGAGAGUGAAUCAUCCAAUGAUAUUAACAGAAUGCUUUGCUACUACUGAUUUAGCAAGAAUGAUAGUGUUAGAGCAAAUGUUUGAAUGUUAUUAGGUGCCAAGUGUUAUGUUAGGAGUGGAUGCAUUGUUUUCUGUAUUUCAAGAUGAUUUGGAGGCUUAUUUAAAAUAAACAUAGCUUAUAGUUCAUCUUGGUGAUCAAACUGUUCAUGUAGUACCAAUUGUUAAUGGUCAAGUGGUAUAUUCAAAUAUCAAAAGACUGAAUUUGGGAGGUUUAAACAGUUUGAAAUACUUUUAUUAAACAAUCCAAUUAAGACAUCCACAUUUAAAAUUUACAUAUGCUCAAAUGGAUUAUUGGCAUAAAUAAUAUACUAGUGUGGCCAUAGAUUAUCAACUCUAAUUGCGUUAUUUUUAAGGACCAUAAUAAUAUUAUGGAUAUAGAGAUAAAAUAUCUGAAUAAAAUAGAUUUUAUGAUGAUUAAUUGUAAUUUUUAGAUCCAAUAUAUAUUGAUAUACCUAUUGUAUAGAAAAUUGUAAGUGCAGAAGACUUAAAGAGAAAGGAUGAAAAUAGAUAAAGAAUGAGAGUUAGAUUAUAGGAAUCUAUAUAAUAAAGUAGAUAAAACAAGAAGUCUUAAUUAGAAUAACAAUUAAUGUCAUUAUAAUAGGAAUUAGAAACAGAUUAAAAUAAUGAUGAACUUAAAAAGAAAAUUACAACUUUAUAAGUUAAACUUGGUUUAGCACCUAAAGAAGCUUUAGAUGAAUUAAAAUAUAAUUUAUUAAAUGUUCCUGAUGAUAAACUUACACCAUCUUAAUUAAAUUAAAAGAGAUAUUAAAAAGUUAUGCAUGAAUAAGCAUUACUCAAAAAAUAAAAAAAUUAAGAAUUUAAAUAAUUAUAAAAAGAUGCUAAUAAAUUUAAAUUAGAAGAACCUGAAAAAUAUUUAUAAAUGCUUUAUGAAAAAAGAGAUCGUAUAGUACUUUCAAUUCAAGAAAGAAAAAAAUUAUAAUAAGAAAUGAAUAGUAGGAAUUCAAGAUUCAAUUAAAAAAGAAUCUAAACUUUAGCUUUUCUUGGAUCUGAUGAUAAAGUUGAAGAUGACUUUGGAAAAGAUGAUAAAGAUUGGGAAAUUUAUAGAAGUGUUACAAAAGAAAUAGAUUCAGCUGAUGAAAAGUCAAAAUAUAAACUAUAAGAAAUUGAAUAAGAACUAAAAGACCUAGAUCCUGAUUUCGAAAUCAAAAUUCUUAAAUCAAUAGCCAAUGUUCAUCAAUUAGGAAUGAAUCUCAGUCAAGUCCAAUUAAGUGUUGAUCGAGUGAGAUGUUAAGAAAUCUACUUUUAACCUAAUUUAAUUGGAGUGGAACAAUAAGGAUUAGUAGAUAUGAUUAAAUUAUCAUCUAAAGGUUUAGAUAAGCUAUUAUUAUAAAACAUUAUCCUAACUGGAGGUGGAGCAAAAACAUAAGGAAUCAUGUAAAGAUUGUAGAAAGAUUUAAUAUCAGAAUAUGAUUGUCCAAUUGAUAUUAAAAUAGCUUCUGAUCCAGUAUUUGGAACUUGGUUUGGAAUGAAAAACUUUGCGAAUAAAUAUUAAAGUAUGAUUUCUUAAUUUUCUAUAUCAAUUGAUGAUUAUAAUGAAAUUGGUACUUAAAAAUGGGAGAUAUUUAAAUAGCAUCCAUUUUCAAAUAUUGUAGAUUGA